AUGCCGGAGGUUUCAGAUUAUGCAAAACUACUUCAUACGAAAAUGCGGGAAUCACCUGCUUCCAAAGCAUUCACACAACAGGAAGCAUCCAAUUUAAUUAAUGUUACAAAAGAAUCAGAGUUGAUGUUAUUACUACAGGAGCUUCUCAAUGCCAAUUUGAUCAAAUUGACUAAAUCGGGUGAGGAAAUACGAUUUCAGGCAGUUAGUAUUGAUGAUGCUAAGAAGUUGGUCAGUAUGACCGAUGAUGAACGAAUGAUUUAUUCAUACAUUGAAGCUAGUCAACGUGAAGGUAUUUGGACAAAGACCCUUAAAGCCAAGACCAAUUUGCAUCAACAUAUUGUGUCAAAAUGUUUAAAGAACCUAGAACAUCAACGAUAUAUCAAAUCCAUCAAGUCGGUCAAACAUCCAACGAGAAAAAUCUACAUGUUGUAUCAUUUGCAACCAAGUAUUGAUGUGACUGGUGGACCAUGGUUUACCGAUUCUGAACUAGACACUGAGUUUAUUGACACGAUAUUGGAGGUUGUAUGGAGAUUUAUUGUCAACAAGACAUUCCCGCGAGGAGAUGAUGAACAGCACCUGGUGAAUCCAUUACAAGCUUCAUAUAUAGCGUCAUUCCAAGGAGUCGACCUAGAUCAGAUAUUGGCGUUUAUCAAUGGAAGUGGUGUUAGUUCUGUUGAGUUGGAACUCAAUGAUAUUCGAUCAUUAUGCGAUGUUUUGAAAUUCGAUGAUAAAGUGGAGGAGAUUGAGGGGCAUAGUGGGUUGUUUAAAGCCACAAGACAAAGUUUAGUGGAGAAAGGGUUGGUGAGGAACUUGGAAGAGUUGAAAGGUCAGAUUCCUGAAUCGACAAGAGAAUACCUUGUCAAGAACAAAGAGUUUUCAAUUUUUGAUUUCAAGACUGAAGUUGAAGAUUAUCAAGAUGAACAGGACUUUGUAAAUUUGGAUAGUUUUGUAAAUGUAUAA